CUCCGAAAUCCGACGAAAGUAAUUUCGUUGUAUUUGGCGAUCGAGUUUUUCAAAUAACGAGAGAUUUUUAUCACGGAAUCGUAGGACGUUGUCCCGCGGACCGAAAGAUGCAGCAUUUCCCCAAUUAUUGACAUUAGGAAUUGCAAAUAUGUGGGAAAAUCGCCGAUGUCGGAGUGAAAAAAAAGCGGCAGGUGGGGCGAAUCGGUGUAUGCGUUGUCGCAUGCUUACGCUGACUUCGCUAGGGAGGCAACGGCGGCGAGCUCAGAUCACACAUCAAAAUGGCCGCAUUUUAGUCUACAGACUGAUUUUCUUUACUGUUUGCCAAACGUGGUAAAAGGGUGCAUAAAGUGUUCGUUUAAGUGACGCGAUCUGUUUCGCUGAAAAUUCCUCCGUCGUCAGAGCAGAAGUUUUUCGUGAAAUAGACGGGCUUUCGGUUUCGAAGAGUGGGUUUUGGUAGGAUGUUGCGACACCAACAUCAUUCGAUGCAAAAUCAACUCAGAGAGCAGAAUAGAAUGGCAGGACCUAUGCAUCCGAUGCAGCAGCAUCCACAUCAGCCGCAGCAUCCUCAUCAACAUCGAAGUCCACACAUACCGCACCCUCAACAACAAUUAGCGAUGGCUGCACAUCAACAUCCUCCUCACCAAAUACCACACGGUAUCGCUCCUCAGAACAAUCCUCGACAGCCAGUGUUGCUUGGAAUCAACUCGCAACACACUAAUGGCGUAAUGGCUAACGUUGGAUUAAUCGACCAGAGCAAUACAGUUGCUGGUACUCUUCCCACUCAACUCACUGUUCAACAAGGACAACAUCAAACUGACCAACUGUCUCAACAGCAACUGCAUAAUCAACAGAAUGCGGAACAGAAUAAUUCACCUCCGAAUGAAGACAACGGAGAGUCCAGGGACCAGAGUCCAUCAAAUCAGAACCAAAUCAACACAAAUAAUACAAAUUUGGCAAACAUGAAAGAGAAAACUCCGAUGUGUCUCGUCAAUGAACUCGCAAGAUUUAAUAAAAUCCAACACCAGUAUAGAUUAACCAAUGAAGAAGGCCCUGCACAUAAAAAAAAGUUUACUGUUACUCUAAAACUUGGUGAUGAAGAAUUUGUUGCCGAAGGUCCAAGCAUUAAAAAAGCACAGCAUAGCGCAGCCACAAAAGCACUUGAAGAUACCUGGUACAGACAUCCACCGCCAAAACCAGCAAGGGCAAUGAGGAUCUUACAUCCAGGAAAAUGUCCUGCUGCUUCUGAACAUCUACCACCAACAGUGGAAUUAAACGCUUUAGCAAUGAAACGUGGUGAACCAACAGUUUACACAUUUAGCCAGGCUCCUCCAGCCCCUCUGCAACAGUUUGUGCCACAUGGAUAUGGAAACUUUCCUCGAAUGAUGACCCCACGUUAUCCAACCUAUAACCGUGGAUUUCAAUCACAGCAGCAAGGACUCUAUGUUGUAACAUUAAAGGUUGGAGAUCGCGAAUUUCUUGGAAGAGGUGUUACUGGACAGGCUGCACGCCACGACGCCGCUAGCCGAGCUUUGGAACAACUGCGCCAGCUACCAUUGCCUGAAGAAAUAACAAACACUUGUGCUGCAAACGACAAUGGAACAUUGAAUGGAAUAGAUGAUCCUAAUGCGGAAUUGAAAAGCCCUGUUUCGCUUGUUCAUGAGACGGCAUUGAAACGAGGCCUUUCGGUAAACUUCGAAGUUGUAUCAGAACGAGGCAAGCCACAUAUCCGAAUUUUUGUUACCAAAUGUACAGUUGGGGAUAGAACUACAACUGGAGAGGGAUCAUCAAAGAAGGUAUCGAAAAAGCGUGCCGCAGAAUUAAUGCUGGAUGAGUUGAAACGCCUCCCUCCUAUUCCUCUUACAAUUCAAACUCCCUCUGUACAGCGUUUAAAACGAAAACCACCAGCAACCAAAAAAAAAUCACGAAAUCUCAUAAAAGUUUAUCAAGAACCUCGCACUGAGCCUGAGGCGGCCGAGGAAGUGAAUCCCAUUUCUCGUCUCAUCCAAAUUCAACAAGCAAAACGCGAAAGAGAACCGGUUUAUACACUUGUAGAUGAAAAGGGCGCUCCACGACGUAGAGAAUUCAUCAUGGAAGUAACUGUCGGAUCAAAUUCUGCUCAAGGAGUUGGGCCAAAUAAGAAAUUAGCUAAACGAGCUGCUGCUGAAGCACUACUAAUGCAAUUGGGAUAUAGUAAACCACAGCCUCAGCCAGUUAAGCCUUCAAUCAAGACAGGAGAUAAUGAAAAUUCUGAGGGAAAACCAAGGAAGGUUACGUUCUUAGAAGAAGAUCAGGUCAACGAAAUUCCGAAUCAUUCUGUUGGCGGUACAACUGGACGACAACUAGUUCCCGGGCUUCUGUUGGUAGAUGGAGGCCAGGAAUCAAAACUUGGUGGAGGACCCAGUGUUCAAGCUGUAGCUGAGGAAUUACGUGGUCAGCAACAGCAUCAGACCCCCGUUGUUUCCCCCAAAGAUCAGUUGAGGUAUUUGGCUCAGCUACUAAGCUUUGACAUACAGUUCAGCGACUUUCCAAAGGGCAACCAUAACGAAUUCCUUUCUCUUGUCUCUCUGAGCACUGAUCCGCCCCAGGUGUGUCAUGGUGCUGGACCAACAACAGAUGCAAGUCGAGAUCAAGCUGCGCUCACAGCUUUGCGCACUCUCAGCAAGCUUGGCUUAGACAAUGUAACAAACCCGCAAAACAAAAAAGAUAAGGGAGCCUCAGGGGAUGGCUUACACAUUAGUAAUCAAGUUAAAAACACCAUGCUAAAUGGAGCCAUUAUCAAAUAAAUGAAAACGGGCUUUGGAUAAAUUUCGAUUCAAUUUUAAUUUAACAGUGUUUUCUAUAUUUUGCUAAGUGCUUUCUAUUGACAUGUGAUUGUUGUACUGAAAGUAUUUGGAAAAUAAGCUCGUGUUAGUAUUGAAACCGAAAAAUGAAAAUUGCUCUUAUGCAAACAAUACAGAUUAAUUUGAUAGAAAUUAUAUGUAUGAGCCCAACAAAGUAAUGAAAAUUUCUUAUUAUUAAUUCAAUGCUGUAAUAAUGUCCACAAUUUCCAAAAUCAAUGGAUUUUGAUAUCUGAGAUAAAAUGCGGCCAUCUAUAACUAUCUUCUGACGUUACAGAUCAAUUGCCAUGAAUGUAAACUAUAUCUAAUUACCUAACACUGAUAUGUGAACUGAAUAUAAAUCAAUAGUUUCUUUUUUCGAUUCAUUUUAAUCUAACGCUUAGAUAGAUUCUUAUACAAAACAUGAAUAUUUAUUAUUCCAAUUUUUUUUUUAUCAAAAUCUCAUAACCAUAUUCGUAAAUAAAUAAUAAAGUUAUCAAGUAUCAUGUAUACACAAUCAGCCAAUAUUGUUAGAUGAUUCUGACAGCAAAUCUGUCGAGUUGUGUUGCAUAAAAUAAAAUAUAUAUUUGAAAAUUGAAAUCACAGAAAAUACAAAGAAAAAACGGAAAAAGAUAGGUAAUUUGAUGUACACUGUUCUAUGCUCCAAUGUGCUUUUAAAACAGGGCCUAGAAGCACUCUGAGGUUAUAUUCAUGUUAAUAUCUAAUGUAAUAAGAGAUAAGAAAAGAUGUAUCAAAGCUUUCAUGAAUAACUUGUAAACUGGAAAUCUCUACUUUGUACAAGAUGUUGAAUUGGAAGUUUUGAUAAACAUACAGAGGUAAAAUUUCAAAUUCGUCUCGUCUUGUAAUUAUUUUCAACAAUUCUAAUUUAAUUCUUCUAAAUGUAAGAAUUAGAUUCAUACGACGUAUCGAAUUUUGAAAUAUUACCGUUAAUAAAAAAUACUGAAAAAAGAUAAAAAAAAACAUUCACAUAAUAUAAUAAUGGAUGUAGGCAAUUUGGAGCUCAGUACAGGAUCGAGGCAAAAUAAAAUUAGGUUGCACAUUUAUUUUAUUUUAAUUUUCUUUUAAAAUGUAACUGACGCUUUGGUUUUCAAUUUUAUUUUCAUAGACAUGUACGUGAAGUUCUGUGCUGAAACUCCCAAGCAACGUUAUCUUAUAUUCAUUAUUCAUAUUGCAUACAUUACAACAUUAAUUAAAAUUUCAAACUAUGAAUGAUCGUUAAUUUUUAAUUAAUAUACCUAGUUUUUUUUACGCUAAGCAAGCGUUUGAGAUGUUUGAAACAUUGCAAGUUACUCUGAGUGAAUUGUUUUCAUAUUCACGCGUUUUUUUUCUUUAUCAUUGUUUUUUACAAUAUAUACUUACCAUUUUGUCAAGUUGUUUAUAGAUUACUUCACAAGUUGAUGAAUGUUCAUUUUCCCAGAUAUCGCAUUGUAGUUUCACAUGGGUCUAUGUGUGAAUGGGGUUCGUAAUUCUUUUUCAUGAAACUCAGCUACAAAUUGUAUAUAACAGAAUAUCAACUGAAUUUGAUGUAGCAAAUGAUGAAAAAUUUUGAGAUAAAAAAAUUUGAAGAGUCCCGAAACUUGAGUAAAGCCAAAAAUUGUUUUACAAUAGGACCUCCCAUCCCCUGGAUUACUGAUUUGAACGAAAUACGAUAUGGUGGUAUUAUUCGGCUACAAGUGCAUAACAGUUAAAUACUAGCAGCAAUGUCCAGGCUGAGCUCCUGCCCAAAAAAACGCUCAGUAAAAUUCGAUAUGGAUGGAAUUAUUUUGAAUUUGCUUUCACCUGAUUUAGAUUUUUUGAAUGUAGCUCCAACGUAAACGUAUAUAUUAAAUUAUUCAAAAAAUGUAUAUAACAAACAAUUUAUAAUAUGCAACAAUGUUUUUUGUUACUGCUAGUAUCUUCUAGUGUAUGAGGUAUUUCCUGAUAAGGAAUAUUUCGUAUUACAUUUAUGCCAAAUCACGUUCUAAACAGUGAGUCAACCAGUGGGAGUUCUUGUUAACUACCAGUAACAGGCACGGCUGUUUCAAUAGAAAACGAAUCAUGUAACUCCAGAAGAUGAAGCUCAAAUGAGCCUUACUUUACCCACAUUAAUGUAUUACACGCCUUAUAGAGAUAGUUGGUAAAAUAUUAAAGUAUUAUAAUCAAUAUAAAAUCUAAGAUAUUUGGGAAAAAUAAUUUUAUGCGCAACAGUUCUAAAAGCAAUUUUUGAUAUUUAACCAUAAUCCUAGUUAGUUAUGCUAAAAAACGAAUUUCACAGAUACUGAAGUAUGGAUUGAUUCCGUUAGAAAUGUACUGAUCAUGAGUUUUUAUGCUGCUAUUAAAAUCGUCAAUACCCGUAGUAUGGAUUCUUCGUUUUGGAACGAAAAUAAAUAGUUGAACAAAAUAAAUAUCCAAUUUUAGAACUGUUGGCUACGAUUGCGACAUGAUUUUCUCUGCAAAUCGAUUAAAUAAUUGUCUCACUUAUAAUGUAACCGAUGACUGUGGAAGUCAUGUAAUGCCAAGUCUGUGUAUGUCUCUUACAUCCAAUUUAAUCAGUUUUGAAGUAUAUGAAGUUUCUGUAGUUGAACAGCAGGAAAGUAAAGAUAUAGUUGUAAAUUCUAUUAUAAUUUUAAUUUCUGGAACAAUAACAAAUUUUCAAAAAUUAUAAUUUAUUCCUGCGUUGAGGCAGUAGCAAUUUAUUAUUGUAAAUUGUACAAAAAUUACAAAUUAGUACUACGGAAAUUUUCAAUGCCUGCCAAGUUUUUAUGGGUCUUCAGGAUGGAGCUAACAGAAUAGACUUGGCAAGAAUGGGUUUGACCAUUCCGAACAUUGUCGGUUUGUAUUCGAAAUCAAUAAACAAUUACAAAAAUGUUGAAAAGUCAA